AUGCCCAGACGCACUCGUGAUGAAGCAGAGGUCGAGGAAAAGACCACCCACGAAAAAAAAUUGAAUGACACCCAUGAGAAGACGGCGGCCGUCGAGGGCACCGUCAAGGGUGUGCCCGCGAAUGGGGAGUCCAUCAAAAAGAAAGUGCGCAGCGAACCCCAAGGGGAGGAAGCGGAGAGUGGCCUCUCGAACGGCGCACCGGCGCUCGUCCCGCGCCCGUUCUCGGACUUCGAUCUGAGCGAGGAGACCGUCCAGGCGCUGAAAUCGCGCGGCUUUGAGUCCCUCUUCCCCGUCCAGGCGCUCACCUACGACGCGAUCAUGAAGGAGCGCGACGUCCUCGUGCAGGCGCGCACCGGCAGCGGCAAGACGCUCGCCUUCGGCAUCCCCAUCGUGGAGCGGCUGCGGCGGCUGAAGGCGCCUCUCACACGCGGGCGCGGGCCUGCCGCCGCGAUUUUUUGCCCGACGCGCGAGCUCGCGAUUCAGGUGCAGGACGUCCUGAGCGGGAUCAGUGGGGGCCUCGUCGUAACGGCCCUCUACGGUGGCGUCGCCUACGCGAAUCAGGAGCGCGUGCUGCACAGUGGCGUGGAUAUCGUGGUGGCGACCCCGGGCCGCGCGAAGGACCUUCUGGAAAAAGGCACCCUCCGCUUCGACCGGAUCUCCAUGGUUUGCCUCGAUGAGGCCGACCACAUGCUCGAUAUCGGCUUCAAGGAUGACAUUGAGCUGCUGCUGGGGAUGAUCUCGGACCAGAACGGCUCUAGGGGGCUGGAGAAGCCGAAGCACCAGACGCUGCUCUUCUCCGCGACGGUUCCGGACUGGGUGCAAAGCUGCUCCCUCAUCCCGAAGGAGAAGGAGUUUAUUGAUAUGGUAGGGAAGGAAGCGGUGCGGACGGCCAGCACCAUCCGCUUCUACCGCCGCAAGUGUAAUUUCAGAGAGGUCUCCUCCAUGCUGGCGGACCUGAUUAAGGUGUAUAGCGGGGUGCACGGCCGCACCUUGGUGUUCACCAACACCAAGAAGGAUUGCCACGAUCUCUCCAUCAACAACACCAAGCUCGACUCGCAAUGCCUGCAUGGGGAUAUGCAGCAGGAGCAGCGGGAGAGCACGAUGAAGAGCUUCCGGGAUAACAAAUUCAGCGUCCUCAUCGCCACCGACGUGGCCGCCCGGGGGUUGGAUUUGCCGAUGGUGGAUUUGGUCAUCCAGUGCGCGCCGCCAAGCGAUAUCGACGCGUUCAUCCACCGCGCCGGGCGAACCGGCCGCGCGGGCCGCAAAGGCGUCUGUGUGCUGCUCUACCAGCCCCGUGAGGAGUACAUCGUGGAGCGGAUUGAACGGCACGCGAAGAUUCGGUUUGAGAUCCUUCCGGCGCCGACCCGCGAGGAGAUCCUCCGGGCGGUGGCGCGGGAUGCGGCCGAGGAGCUCGCCCGUGUGGAGCGACGCGCGACGGAUCUUUUUAUGGAUCAGGCGGCGGAUUUGCUGAAGGAUGCGGACCCGGUGGAGAUCCUCGCCUCGGCGCUUGCCGUGAUGAGCGGGUACACCACUCAUAUUAACAGUCGUGGUCUUCUCACGGGAACGGAGGGCUACGUGACGUUGCAAAUGUUGUCUGAACGAACCCUGCCAAUUCCGGUGUACUGCAGCAUCUUGCGGAAUAACCUCGGGGAUGAUAUUUUCAUGCGGUGUCGGGAUAUUACCCUGCUGCUGGAUGAGCCCGGGUGCGUCUUUGAUGUGCUCGAGCAAUUUGCGGAUCGGGUGCUCAACGCGAACAUCCGUGGGAUGUCCGUUAGCCGGAUUGACGUCCUUCCGAAUAUUAUCGCCCGUGAGCUCAACACGCAGCGGGGUGGGGCUCGAGGUGGUGGUGGGUUCCGGGGGCGCGAUGGCAGCAGCGGGGGGUCUCGUUUUGGCGACCGAGGGAAUAGAGGUGGAUACGGAGGAGGGUAUAGCCGUGGUGGCGGCGGUUACGGAAGCCGGGGUGGAGCGCACCGUCGCUAUUGA